CUGCUAACCCUUUUCAGUUUUCUCUCCUAACUUCUAAGGGACCCAAUCCCCCUCUGCCGGCAAACGAAAUUAAAUUAAAUUAAAUUGAAAAAAGGGGAAAUGAUGAGUGUAAUACCUAAUAAAUCAUAAAUCAAUGAUCCUAAGCAAACCGAUACCGUUUAGACGACGGAUGGAGUACAAUGACUUUGGAGGGUGUUUUGGACAAAGUAAGCUCGGAGUUUUCUCGUUCAGCGAGUAACCUGAUCCUGAAAAUCAAAUAAGAGCUUCGCAAUUGGAAGCAAGUUUUCUUCGAAAACAAAUAAUCUCUGCACGUAAAGAAAACAAAACAAUGAGUAGAGGAAGUGGAGGUGGAUACGAUCGCCAUAUCACCAUCUUCUCCCCUGAUGGUCGACUCUUUCAAGUCGAAUAUGCGUUUAAGGCAAUGAAGGCAGCAGCCAUCACUUCGAUCGGAGUUAGAGGGAAGGAUUCUGUCUGUGUUGUCACGCAGAAGAAAGUUCCGGACUUCAGUUCAACAAGCACGGAAUGAGGCAGUUGAGUGUCUUUUCGUUUCAGAUAUGGAUAUGAAAUGCCUGUGGAUGUAUUGGCCAAAUGGAUUGCUGAAAAAUCACAGGUUUACACACAGCAUGCUUACAUGGGAGCCCUUGGAGUUGUUGCCAUGGUUUUGGGUAUUGACGAGGAGAAUGGACCUCAACUUUACAAGUGUGAUCCAGCUGGCCACUUUUAUGGGCACAAGGCUACCAGUGCUGGAUUGAAAGAACAAGAGGCUAUCAAUUUCUUGGAAAAGAAAAUGAAAAAUGACCCAGCUUUCCCUUAUUAGGAAACUGUGCAGAGCAAUAACCAUUGAUGGAAAACGCAGAGUUUUGCUCUCUGGCUCUAUUCAUUAUCCAAGAAGCACAGCUGAGAUGUGGCCUGAUCUCAUAAGGAAAUCAAAAGAAGGAGGACUAGAUGCCAUUGAAACAUAUGUUUUCUGGAAUGCUCAUGAGCCAACUCGUCGCCAAUAUGAUUUCAGUGGUAAUCUUGAUCUCGUAAGAUUCAUCAAGACUAUUCAAGCUGAAGGAUUAUAUGCUGUUCUUCGUAUUGGACCUUAUGUUUGUGCUGAAUGGAAUUAUGGAGGGUUUCCUGUAUGGCUUCACAACUUACCUGAUGUUGAGCUGAGAACUGCAAACAAAGUGUUCAUGAAUGAGAUGCAAAACUUCACAACGUUGAUUGUAGAUAUGAUGAAACAAGAAAAGCUUUUUGCAUCUCAGGGUGGUGGUCCAAUUAUUAUUGCUCAGAUCGAGAAUGAAUAUGGGAAUGUCAUGGGUCCAUAUGGAGCAGCAGGAAAGGCAUAUCUUGAUUGGUGUGCUAAUAUGGCGGAUUCUCUUCACAUUGGAGUCCCAUGGAUUAUGUGCCAACAAAGUGAUGCUCCACAGCCAAUGAUCGACACCUGUAAUGGCUGGUAUUGCGAUUCAUUCACACCCAAUAAUCCCAAUAGCCCAAAAAUGUGGACAGAGAAUUGGACAGGGUGGUUUAAGAGUUGGGGUGACAAAGAUCCACUUAGAACUGCUGAAGAUCUUGCCUUUUCUGUUGCUAGAUUCUUCCAAACUGGAGGCACUUUCCAAAAUUACUACAUGUACCAUGGUGGGACUAAUUUUGGGAGAACAGCUGGUGGUCCAUAUAUCACCACCACUUAUGAUUACAAUGCACCUAUUGAUGAAUAUGGAAAUUUGAAUCAACCAAAAUGGGGACAUUUGAAGCAGCUUCAUGACGUCUUGCAUUCCAUAGAAGAAACUCUCACUCAUGGCAACAUUUCCACAAUAGACUAUAACAACUCUGUCACUGCAACUAUUUAUGCAACUGAGAAAGGGUCCAGCUGCUUUUUGGGAAAUGCAAAUGCCACUUCAGAUGCCACAGUUGACCUCCAUGGAACUAAAUACACAGUUCCUGCAUGGUCUGUUAGUAUCCUUCCUGAUUGCAAAAGUGUUGCUUACAAUACUGCGAAGGUGAAAACACAAACUACAGUAAUGAUAAAGAAAAAGAACCAAGCUGAGGAUGAACCAUCAUCUCUUAAAUGGUCAUGGAGGCCAGAGAACAUUCAUAACACUGUACGCCUGGGGAAGGGGCAUUUUCAAACUCACCAACUUCUUGAUCAGAAAGAUGCAGCUAAUGACGCUAGCGAUUAUCUGUGGUACAUGACAAGUGUGCACCUUAAGAAAAAUGAUCCAAUUUGGAGUGAUAAUAUGACUCUUCGAGUUAAUGGCAGUGGUUACAUUCUUCAUGCGUAUAUUAAUGGAGAAUAUCUUGGUUCUGAAUGGGCUAAAUAUGGAAUUUUCAAUUAUGUCUUUGAAAAGAGUGUAAAGCUGAAACCAGGGAGAAACUUGAUCAGUUUACUCAGUGUAACAGUUGGAUUACCGAAUUAUGGUGCCAUGUACGAUUUGAUAGAAGCUGGUGUUGUGGGUCCAGUUGAAUUGGUUGGAUAUAAGGGUGAUGAGAGAAUAGCUAAAAGUUUAUCUGCAAAUAAAUGGUCAUACAAGAUUGAUUUGAAUGGGUUGGACAAUCAACUUUACAGUUUGGAUUCAUCUCAUGCUUCUAAAUGGCAAGAAGGUGAUCUUCCCACAAACAGGAUGAUGACUUGGUACAAGGCUACCUUCAAAGCUCCACUAGGGAAAGAUCCUGUUGUACUAGAUUUGGAUGGUAUGGGGAAGGGUUUUGCUUGGGUAAAUGGUCAUAACAUUGGUAGAUAUUGGCCAAGUUAUCUUGCUGAGGAGGAUGGUUGUAGCACUGAGGCAUGUGAUUACAGAGGUCCUUAUGAUAACAACAAAUGUGUCUUUAAUUGCGGGAAGCCAACCCAAAGAUGGUAUCAUGUUCCUCGUUCGUUUAUUGAAAACGAUGUAAACACCUUAAUUCUAUUUGAAGAAUUUGGUGGCAACCCAGCAAGAGUAAAUUUCCAAACUGUUUCAGUAGGUUCAGUAAGUGGAAGUGUCAUUGAAGGAGAUACAAUUGAAUUAUCAUGCCAUGGCCAACCAAUUUCAGCAAUUGAAUUUGCCAGUUUUGGUGAUCCUCAAGGCACACCUGGGUCCUUUUCCAAAGGAAGUUGUGAAGCAUCAAAAAAUGCAGUGUCAAUCAUUGAAAAGGCAUGUGUUGGCAAGGAGAACUGCAAAAUUGAAGUUUCUAAAAAUGUGUUUGGAUCCACUAAUUGUGAGAGUAGUCAUGUCAAUACUCUAAUUGUGGAAGCUCUAUGUUAAUAGGUAGUAGUUUAGUAUUUUUUUUUUUCUUCUCUAUGUAGUAUGUAGAUAGUUUCCAAAUAAAUAAAUAAAAUUCAA